UAUCACCUUGAUCUUGAAUCGGGAACGUUGUGUCCGGUGUGUGCGAAGCGGAACAACCAACUCCAUCUCGGUGAAAUUGACCAGUCGCGUGAAAAAUUAGGAAAACCGUUUGCAAAACGUGUGACCGGAAAGUGUUUCUGGUCGUUGUCGUUGUAAACAGUACCAGUACGUCUGGCACCGGACGGACGGCCAAAAGUGCGGGGGUGUACGAAUUCGUAUUCGAGUGACCUUCUUCUUUGGGGCGGUAGUGCGAAAGCCCCGCGCAGUGAACAAUCAGUAAAUCAAUUCGUCUGGUGGAAAGUGAAGACCAGUGAAAAUAUGAUAAGAAAACGACCGUCGGCAAUGCAGCUGUUGUUGCCGUUACUGGCGUUGACCAGCGGCAUGUCUCUGGCGCAAGCCAUGAAAGCGGAACAUAGAGCAGCUGCAGCAGUCGACUCGUCUGCGAUCUUGGAAAGCGUACUCUGCGUGGUCCGAUCGAACCCCAUGCAAUGCAUACGACAGCAGGCCGGCCGCGUGCUAGACAACUGGGAAGACAUCCUCGAAAUAAAAAAGCGCGAAAUGAUGGAGGAAGCCGACAAGGAGAACCAGAGGCGUAGUGAACAGCGUGGACUGAGCGGUGACGAUGGCAAACAGACCAAGCAGUCUCCCUCAAAUCUGAUACUGCAGAUCGAGGAUGGGCUUUCAACCAUAUCGGACUUCGUAUCGGACGGAGUGGACAGCUACGCCGACACCGGGAAGACGGGGAAAUCCGCCGAAGAAGGUCAACCGAAGAAGCACCUGCACCACAUCUUGCACAAAUUAGGUAACGCCGGAGGCAACGGCACCAACGAGGGCCUUGCACGACGCGAUUUGGAGGAUGAUGUGACCGCAUUGGAGGAUGGUUGGGUGAAUUAUGGACUUGGCGCCGGGCCCGAAAAAGCUAUCGGUAGAGGCAAGCAAGAGGGUGACCAGCAUGUAGUUUACGGUGGUGUAGAAGCACACAGUAGCUCUGGAGGUGGGUUCGACUCAGAGGAGAAAGAAGACGAACAGGAAACAGGCCGUCUCGAUAGCGGCGAAGGAGGCUUCGGUGGAUUCCGUCGAAAGCGCAAGGGUAAGAAGAAGAAGACCUUCAUGAAGCUUUUCAUCCUGGGAGCCGCACUCAAGGGCAAAAUUGAACUGCUGCUGAAGAUCCUAUCGUUCCACCUGCAGCUCAAGUUCUUCGCCAUCGCCGCCAUCGGUCUGCUGAUCAACAUCGCUCGUUUCUGGAUUGACCUCAAGAAGCAACCGCACCCGCAAAAAGUAAUCUACUACGAACACGCCCAGCAUCAGCACCAUUACGAUGACCACAACGAUGGAGACUACGGUGGCUACUGGAAACGAUCUCUGCACGCGGGGCACGAAGACGACAGCACGGGGUUCUUCGACCGCAGCGAUCGCGUUGAUGAAGACUACAGCAGGGGCGUCUAUCCGCAACCGCAUCCGCACUACGUCCCACAGCAAACGCCCAACAGCCCGAGCCACUACCCGUAUGACCCACACAGUAUUGCGUACCAGCAGCAGCGGCCAUAUGUCUAAUCUGCAAAAGCCAUUUCCGUUCUAGAAUCAUUUUACUUUUCAGUUCUUGUACUUUUGCAAAUGUUUUCUUUUCUGUUCUAUCAUCAUCAAUCAUCAAUCGUUUGUACAAAUCGUAGCAGAGCCAUUCGUGCCCAAGCUGUUUCCCAAACUAUGUAGGAGCGAAAUUCGAACAUUGUUGCUAUUAGUUUGAUGAAAAUCGCAUGCUUAAUGAAAGUAGGAGAGUUGUUAGUUUGCUAGGUUAUUUAUUUAUUUAUUGAUUUGAAUUAAUAAUUUAUUGCCUUAAUUUUUUUGUGGACAAUUGACCGGACAUAAACCGAAUUGUACCCUCGUAAGCAUGACUGUCAUUGGAAGCUUGAACGAAACUAUUUGAAAGUGUGAAUGAAGGAGAAAAAAUCUCAUGUGGACAAUAAAGUUGACUCAAAAAAUA